CACGGCGGGGAACGCCCACAAAGGCUGAUACGGCUCUCCGAUUGGACGACCGCCACGUUAGUCACCAACGCACCGAGCGGACGUUGCUGUGGCCUGGCGAUUCCUGUCAACAUUGACGAGAGUGUCGACGGCAUUUCUGUCGGGUUUUUUUCUUUUCUUUUCUUUUUUUUUUUUUUUUCCAAGUCCACCGGGGUAAGGCGAUGCAUUUCACUCAACACAGUUCGACCGUUUCUGGUGAAGAUUAGAAAUUACAUCGGCCUUGUCGCUUUACUGAACGGCUGUGCAGCGUUAACCGGCGCGCUGAUAGUCAGGACGCCGGGUCACCCAUCCUCCUGACCGCACCGUUCAUCAGCAAUGCUCCUGUUAUGGAUGACACCGAUACUACUGUUUUGAUUCUCUUUCUCAGUCGGGAUAAUUGAUGAGGCGAUGUCGACCCCUUCAGCAGAUCUUCGGAUGUCUAAGUACAGACUGGUUCUGCUGAGGCAUGGCGAAGGGGCCUGGAACAAGGAGAACCGCUUCUGCAGCUGGGUCGACCAGAAGCUGAGCAAGGAGGGGGUGGAGGAAGCCCGGGACUGCGGCAGGCUUCUCAAGGAGCAGGGAUACAAGUUCGACUUGGUGUUCACCUCCCUGCUCAGCCGCUCCAUCCACACGGCGUGGCUGGUGUUGGAGGCCAUGGGCCAGGAGUGGGUCCCCGUCAUCAAGUCGUGGCGGCUGAACGAGCGCCACUAUGGGGCCCUGAUCGGACUCAACCGGGCUGAGAUGGCUCUGCAGCACGGAGAGCAAAAGGUGAAGCAGUGGAGAAGGAGCUAUGACAUCACUCCGCCUCUGAUUGAUGAGUCCCACCCUUAUUAUGGGGAAAUCUACAACGACCGCAGGUACGCCAUGUGCGACGUGCCGAAUGAGAACCUCCCCCGAGCUGAGAGCCUGAAGGAGGUUCUGGACAGGCUGCUGCCGUACUGGAACAGCACUGUGGUCCCCGAGAUCCUGAAAGGCAAGACCGUCCUCAUUUCUGGUCACGGAAACAGCUGCAGGGCCAUCCUUAAACACGUGGAAGGUAUUUCGGACGAAGACAUCGCCAACGUGACUUUGCCCACCGGGGUGCCGGUGCAGCUGGAGCUGGACGAGAACCUCAAACCAGUGAAGCCUCGCCAGCUGCUGGGAGACCAGGCCAAGAUUCAGGCCGCCAUUAAAAAGGUGGAGGACCAGGGCAAGGCUAAACAAGCGACUUGACCACGCGCACGCACACACACACACACACACACACACACACACACACACACACACACACACACACACACACACACACACACACACACACACACACACACACUGCCUUUACUGCCUGCUGCCUGGAUUAUUACAUCCGGCAAGUAGCCGGAUGUAAUAAGUCUUAAACAGACUUGAAUUAUUCUGUAUAGCAGUAUUAGCCAAUAAUGAGAAGAACAACAACAACAACUCUCUGCAGUUGUGAGGUUCCUACGUCUCAAUGUUACACUUGCUACAAUGUGUGAUUGUUGGCUUGAACAGGAUACACUGGAAAUGUAGGAGAUCAGGAAAACAAUGUGUACUCUAAAUGUUUUAGCAAGCUGCUGUUCUGUGUUUUGUGUGUAAAUGUUUUGGGGAAAACUCUGCUCCUUGUCUUAGCUGUCUGUUUGUGGGUCUUGAUUUAUUUACUUAUUCUUUUCUACAGAAAGUAAUGAAGCAAAAACAAAAUCUGCAAAAGCUCAUAUUAGUCUUUUAAAGUAUAUAUUGCUGUUACAUUAGGACUUGCUAGAGAGCUUCAUGUAAUCUACUUAUUUAUUAAAUAACGCUCAAUAUAUUGUUAAAAUAUGCCAUUGCAAUCCCACAUUUGCAUGGAAAAAUCAUACAUUUGAAUUGCACAGUGGUUUGUUUAUACAGUGUUUACCUCUGGUACGGAACAAAAAUGUGGAUUGCACUCCUGCGGCUCACUAAUACCUGAAGUGGCUGUGAUCUGCACUUUUAACAAGAAGGUUUUCAAAUUUAAGUUACCUUGCUGAAUGUGUCUUUAUUGUGAAAAGUAAGUCUUAUUUUGUGCAAAUAUAAUAAUUGGGAAUGUAAGCAUCGUUAAUGUAUUUUUUUUUGAUAGUUUUCAAGUUAUAAAUGUGAGUAACGGUACAAAGUGUGAAUACUCAUUGCCAUAAAGCAGAACUCUGUUUAUUUUAUGCUCUUAUCUCUUGUUUGUGGGUGUAAUUGAUGCAAUACCUGUAUUUUCAUGUUGUGUUUCACCGUCACUGUUACUUUGUGCCCUGAAUUGCUUUGUCACAGCAGGAAAAAGACAAGUCAUGAAUUUGCAAAUAUUUGAGUGUCAGCAGCACUGAUGUUUGUCGUUUCAGAUCAUCAAUCCUACAGAUGUUACCGGAUGAAAGGUUGCCAUGUAAUAUAAAAAUUCUAAUUUUCGUUAAUGUAUCUUUGUGGGGGGUUUUUUAUGUUUUUUGCUGAGCUCUGUCACAUCAGGAGUGUAUUUAAUUUAUGGUGAGACAAAUGAUACUGGAAACAGAUCAGAAAACGAUUUGAUUGUUUGGGUCGUUCAUACGUUGGAUUCCGGUCGCUUAGCGAAGCCUGGAGGCAAUAAACUGCUGUGGGUUACAACACAUGAA